AUGGAUAAGUUAUGGAUGCACUCGGAUAGAAGAUCGAAGGCAUAUGAGUUAGGGGUGGAAGCAUUUUUGAACUUUUCUGUAGAAAAUCUUCUAACUACAACACAUGUCCGUUGUCCAUGUGUUAAACGUGUUAAUUUGAAAUUGUUUGGGGUUGGAAUUAUAAGGGAUCACUUAUACUUUAAUGGAGUUGACCAAAGCUAUAAGAAUUGGACAUUUCACGGAGAACCUUGGGAAGCAACUACUAAUACUAGUAGAAAUGUUGAAGAAGAUGAUGACCAUAGUAGGUACAGUUUUGUGUCUGAAGAAAUAGAGAUGGAUGAUAAUGAUGUUGGUGAUUUUGGAUCUCAUCCUUAUGAGUUUGCCAAUGUGAUUGGGGAUGGAGAUCAACCAUUGUACCCUGGUUGUAGAAAGUACACGAAGUUAUCGGCAUUAGUGAAGUUGUAUAAUUUGAAGGCAAAACAUGGGAUGAGUGAUGUCUGUUUUACAGAAUUAUUGAUACUUCAAGGCGAUUUGCUUCCAGAAGGAAAUACAAUACCGGCCUCUAUGUAUGAGGCAAAAAAGACUUUGUGUGCAUUGGGGCUGAGUUAUGAGGAAAUGCACGCAUGCCCCAAUGAUUGCAUCUUGUAUAGGAAGGAGUAUGAGGAUUCAACUAAUUGUCCUACUUGUGGUAUCUCAAGGUGGAAGGAAGGCAAAGAUUCAAUCUUGAAAGAGGGUGUGCCAGCGAAGGUGGUGUGGUAUUUUCCUCCAAAUCCAAGGUUUAAAAGGAUGUUUCGAUCACAUGAGACAGCUAAGAGUUUGACUUGGCAUGCUGCUAGAAAAUCAAUUGACGGUCAUAUGUCUCAUUCGGCGGAUUCCCCGUCUUGGAAACUUCUUGAUGAUAAAUGGCCCGAGUUUGGUAAUGAGCCGAGAAACUUGAGAUUGGCUCUUUCAUCUGAUGGAUUCAAUCCCCACAGUUCUCUAAGUAGCAGAUAUAGUUGCUGGCCAGUUAUCUUAGUUACAUAUAAUCUCCCUCCAUGGUUGUGCAUGAAACGAAAGUUCAUGAUGUUGACCUUAUUGAUUUCCGGUCCUAAACAGCCCGGAAAUGAUAUAGACGUCUACUUGGAGCCUUUGAUUGAUGAUUUAAAAUCUUUGUGGGAUGGGAUUGGAGGAGUGUAUGAUGCACAUAAUGGAGAAUACUUUACACUCAGAGCUGCAUUAAUGUGGACAAUUAAUGAUUUCCCCGCCUAUGGAAACUUAUCCGGUUGUGUUGUUAAAGGAUAUAAAGCUUGUCCAAUAUGCGGCGAUGAUACACCUAGUCACAGGUUGAAAAAUGGCCACAAAAUUUGUUACAUUGGGCAUAGAAAAUGGUUACCAAUCAAUCAUCCAUAUAGGAGGCAACGUGCAGCUUUUAAUGGGAAACCUGAAUAUGGCACGCCUCCCGAGCCAUUAACCGGAGAAGAAGUGUUGCAUAUGGUUGAAGAUGGUGACAGAGUUUGUUGGAAGAAGAAAUCAAUAUUCUUUGAUCUCGAGUAUUGGAAAUACCUUCCUGUGAGGCAUGUCCUAGAUGUUAUGCACAUUGAGAAGAACGUUUGCGAUAGUAUCAUUGGUACAUUGCUGGAGAUCCCUGAAAAAAAUAAAGAUGGGAUUGCUGCUCGAUUAGAUUUAUUGAACAUGGGGGUCAAAACUGAUUUGCAACCCGAGUAUGGAGAAAGACGUACUCGUUUGCCUCCCGGGCCUUGGAAUUUGUCAAGAGAAGAGAAGAGAGAGGUUUGCAAUUCUUUCCAUGAUUCAAGACUUCUUAGCCUUAAAUCACAUGAUUGUCAUACCUUAAUGCAACAAUUGCUCCCUGUGGCAAUUCGUUCUGUUUUGGAGAAGCCUGCAAGGUAUGCAAUAACUCGUUUGUGCUUCUUCUUCAAUGCUAUAUGUGCAAAGACUGUUGAUGUUUCCAAGCUAGAUAAGUUGGAAGAAGAUGUAGUAGUUACUUUGUGUUUGCUUGAGAAGUACUUUCCCCCUUCAUUCUUUGAUAUCAUGGGGUAUGUUCAGAAUCGUACUCGUCCCGAAGGUUGCAUUGCUGAGCGGUAUAUAGCUGAAGAAGCUGUAGAGUUUUGUACCGAGCAUUUAUCUGAUGUUAGUACAGUUGGAGUGCCUUCAAGCCAAAAGAUGGGAGUUUCAAAGCCAUUAUCAGGUUGCACAGUGAGCGUAGUUGAUCGGGACCUGUUGAACCAAGCACAUCUAUGUCUUGGAGAAUACGGAGGAAGUCCUACCUUAUAUCGAGAUAAGCACAAUAGCACUUUCAUUCAAUGGCUACGCUUCAAGGUUCAAAGUGAACUUAAUGAGGAAGACAAUCAUGGCGUAUCAGAAAAUUUAAGGUGGCUAGCAGCUGGUCCAAACAUGGCAGUGCCAUUAUAUAGGAGCUAUCUUAUUAAAGGUAUUAAAUUCAACAUCAAGGCACAAGAUGAUGUGCGGACAACUCAAAAUAGUGGAGUUUAUUUACUUACACAUACUAUGCAAGUUGCUAGUGCCAAGGAUAAAAACCCAAUUCUCUCAAAUAUGGGUUUCUAUGGUGUCAUUCAAGAAAUUUGGGACCUUGACUACCAAAAGUUUACAAUCCCAGUCUUUAGGUGUGAUUGGAUAGAUAAUACUUCUGGUCUUGUAGUGGACGAACUUGGAUUUACCCUUGUAGAUUUGAGUAAAAUUGGACAUAGGAAUGACCAAUUUGUUUUGGCUUCUCAAGUCAAACAAGUAUUUUUUGUUGACGACCCAAUGCAUCGUGGUUGGUCGGUAGUGUUAUCAAUGCCUAAUAGAGAAUAUAAUGAUGUUAUUGGUGAUGAUGUCUUAGGUGAUGUGUGA